AUGUUGGAAGAAUUAGAAAAGCAUAUUCAAAAGGAGAAGUAACAAUAUAAAAAUAAAAAAUAGGCAAUCGAAAGCAAGUUGAGUUAGAUGCCUAUUUCUUUAGAAAGCGAGAAUAAAAACUCAAAUCUCACUAGGGGAUUAUAAGAAUCAUAAAUUGCAUUUAAAGAGUUGUAAAUGCACUCAAAAACGAUUGAAUAGUCUGUUUAAGAAAUACAAAAUAUUUCACAAAGCGCGUUAAUGAAUUUUGAAACUUUAAAGUAUAGGAAAAUGAAUAUAGAAUAAAUAAUAAAUACUAUGACAGCCUUUCAAGAGCUGAGAAGAAUUCUACCUCUUUUAGAUAAAUGUGCAGAAACAAAAAAUAUAGAUGAAGCAAACCGCCACAUGAAAAAUUAUAAAACGUUUUAGCAGAAUUUAAUAUGCGAGUUUAACAAAAAAGAUUUUGAGUAUAAAGAAGAAGUGUUUAAAAAAUUAGUGGAUAUGGCUAAAAAUGAAUUUGAAGAAGCACUUAAAAAAAAUGAUACUGUGAGAUUGCACAAAUGCACAGAGCUUUCAGAGUAUUUAGGAUUUUCUGAGAACUCCUUGGAUAGAGUUAUUUCAGUAUAUUAAAUGGAGUUAAAAGAGCAAUUAUAAAAAAUAGAGAAUGAGUUAUUUGCCAAAGUUCCAACAAAUUACAAGAGCAAUUAAGAUUUUAAAGAUUACAACUUCCCAUUUUCUCAGCAUUAUAUUAAUAUUCUUCAAAAGUUAGCACAAGCUAUUGGAACAUAUAAAGAUAACAUUUAUGCUUUUUACAAGCUAGAAGGUAUUUUUACUAUCCUAAAAAAGCUUGUGAACGAAACAGCUGAAAGCUACAUCAACAGUCUCUAUAAAAAGUUAUACAACUACUACGAAAUAGAUAAAAUAAAUCCUGAAUAUAUCCAUAAUGCUUCUAAGCAAGAUGUUGAUAGAGUGGAUUUCUUUUGUGAAGAAGUUUCAAAUAUUUCCAAUUAAAAUGAGCAUUUUAAUUAGCACAUUAUAUAAAUUGUUAAUGAAUUGAUAGAAAAGGAACCUUUGAAGCAAGAACAUAAGGCUAAGUAAAUGAACUUAGUCAAAUAAAAUGUAGUUUAAAUGCAAACCAAUAACAAAAUGCUCGAAGUGAUGGGACACUUCUUGAAAUAUUAAAAAAGUUAUACUAAAAAUUAAAUUAAUUAAAUUAUCAAAGACUCUCCUGCUUUUAUCAGACUAUGGAAUUUUGAUAAAGUUUUCUUCUUUAAUUUUAUAGAAUCUGAAGAAAGUUUAUUCAAUAUUUAAAAAUUGCAUGAAUAUUUAGAUGAAAUCUUCUUUAUAAUUAAAAAUUGUGCUCUUAGAGCUCUUGAAUCUCUAAACAAGUCAACAGCUUGUGCUAUUCUCAAUUUUAUUUCAUAAUAAGUUAUUCACGAAGACGUUUAUUACAUUAAUGAAAAAUUAAUCUCAAAGUGGUUAAAGAGAGAAAACUUUAACACUUAAGCUAUCUCAUUUAAUAACAGAUAUAUUGUGCAUAAUACCUUUGUGACUGUGCUUUUUAAUAAUAUUUAAAUGUUGAAAACCUACAUUUAGAAACUCAGCUAGCAACUUUUGUAAUCAGUUUAGGAGCUGUUUCCAGAUGAAGAUAAUGGUAUGCUAAUUGCUUCUAUAGAAGAAAUUAAUGAUAUAAAUGAUUUGCGUUUUUCUGAGUUUAUGAAAUAAAAGAUGAAAAUCUUAGUUGAUUAAUUGAAAUUAACUAUAAAAUCUUAGUUAGAAGAUUUAAAAAAUAUUAAUUUUACUAUGAAUGAGUCAUAGUAAUAGGAAUAUGAAAAGGGAAGUACUUACUCUACUGAUUUAAAAAUGAAAUUUAGUUAAUACUUAAAUCAAUGGAAGAAUCAGUUCACUAAGGAAAAUUAUGAGCUUUUUAUGACAGAAUUUUGUUAAAUGUUAGCCGAGAAUUUCGAGAGAGUCAUUACUGAUAAUAAAAAAUACCACUUGAUGGGCGCUUUUCUUUUGGAUAAAGAAAUAAGAAAUAUUGUAAAUUUCUUAUAGAACGUCACUCUUGCUAAUGUAAAGCCUUGCUUCUAGAGACUAUAAAUUAUUUGUGAAAUUCUCAAACUAGAGAAUAAUUAGGAGCUAUAAGAGUUUUGCACUCUUGGAACAGGUGAUUUUAGUAGAGACGAUAUAAGAAAAAUAAUAAGAUUAAGAACAGAUUUUAAGUGA